AUGCGGAGUCCGACAAUUGCCAAGCGUGCCUCGCAUAGCACACUCUCACCGACCUCUUCCACAUUCGACUACAUCAUGCCAAGGCGAUUGAGGGUCAGCAUUCUCUCUCUCCUUUUAUUCGUCACAACUCUUUCAACUGCACAAAACAUUCAAUACGCUACACGAUUUCCAAAGAACAAGCUAUACGAUUUAUCACCGAGCAGUACAGGCCUCGACAACAUUGACGGCACAGUAGCAGCCUUUGGCGACUUCAAUGGCGACAAAUACACCGAUCUCUUUGUUCUCAGUGACGAUCAGCAUUCCUUAUCUGUAUAUACUUGGCACCAUCAAAACUUCACCUUUAUACCACCACGGAUAACGCCACAGAUCACCGUGGACAAAGACUUUGUAAUUACAGGCGUGGUCCCUGGCGACUUUACCUAUGAUGGAAAUCUCGACGUUUUACUUCUUGGCCAGACUAAUCCACGAGACACUCAAGGCGAGAUCAUGAUGCGGAUAUACACUGGCAAUGGCGAUGAUACUUUUGACGACAAUUACAUUACGCUACCUUCAGCCAAAUCAGCUCAUCCAAUGGUGCUUGAUCUCAAUGGUGACAUGAAGCUUGAUCUUUUGGGAUACAGUGCGGAUGGCGAAAGUGGACUCAGCAUGUGGAUCAACAAUGUCGAACCUUCAACACCUGCCAAUGCAUCAUCAUCCAUGUUCAAUGUCUCCACAGCAUCUGGGAUGUUUGAUUCAGCCUUCACCAAUCAAUGCACAUGGGCACAUCCUCAUUCAAAUGCUAUGGUGGAUCUUGAUGGUGAUUGUAUGGGAGAUGUGGUAUUUGUGUGUCAAAAGACCGGCUACCAGACACUGCAGCUAUGGUUGAAUCAACGUGAAGGAGGCUUCAAAAUGGCAGAUGAAUUGCAAUUACCUACUGGUGCAGGACCCGUUAGUUUUGCUGAUAUUGAUGGUGAUGGCUCUGCCGAUAUUGUAUUCCCAGUGAGCAGUGGAUCGGAGCAAGAAAUACACAUUGUAUACAAUCAGCAAAUGGGUCUUUGUUCGCAACAAAAUAGCGGCAAUUCUACAACAUGCAGAAAACCAAACCAACUUUGUCACGGGGAUCCCGAUUUCAAGUUUGACAUGAGUCACCGCGAUAGUGGGAACUAUGUUGUCCUUGAUUUGAAAAAGUAUAUUUCAUCAGGCGAGACGAUCCAAACAAUGGAUGCCGCAUUCCAAGGGCAGCUACCGGUUCCUGUACAGCCUGGCGAUUACAACCUUGAUGGAUAUCCGGAUUUGUUAGUAACGACCAACAAGCAAGUCCUUUUAUUGGAAAACACAGUGUGCAACAACCGAUUGUGUUCGAGUCUUGCCUCACAGGCUGGUCGGCGGACUUUUACGAUUGUCAAAGAUGGCACGGAUGCAUUGACCAAGAUCUCAAGACCUAAACAUGCUACCUUUUUCGAUAUUGACGAGGACGGUUCACUUGACAUUCUGGUGCUUCAGCAAAGUGGUGGCAGCAGUGCUUCUCGGGUGCCUCGGUUCAUCAUCAACAACUUUUUCAACGAUGCCUUUUUCCUCAAAGGACUUGUCUCCAAUGGCGUAUGCGGUAGCAAUUGCGAAGCCAACAAGCCCUACGGCGUCAACUAUCCAGGUGCUACGCUCAAGUUCACUGUACUUGACACAUCAGGCACAAAAAGAGCACAUCUUGUCUCGCAAUUAGCACAAACAUCGUACAUGUCUUUACAAACGCCGUAUUGUCUCGUUGGAUUGGGAAGAACCAAUAACUAUGUUGAGGAGAUGUUUGCAGGUGUCUCACGGCGGCAGGAUCAAAAUUAUCUAUUCUAUGAAGGCGUAAUUCCAAACUCCCAAUUGAUCUUUAUUCCAUAUCAACCAGAAAAUGUGCAUGACAGCUCAACGUGGGAAGUUGAGUUAUACAUCCAACCUGGUGACUAUGUACCAUGGGUGUUGGCACUUCUCAUUGCAGCAGCGUGUAUCCUUGGUAUUGUAGUAGCUGUAUUAUACUGGAUGGAGAAGCGAGAAGACGAGAUGGAACGGAGGAAGGCUUUGCAUAUUAUCAACUUUGAUGCACUGUAA